AUGACGUGGUUUCCGUGGCUCGCGCCGCCGCGGCACGAUCUCCUCAUCGGACAGGACGAGCACGACGGGCGGCGCGACGACAAGACGCCCGACGAGAACGACAGACGGCUCAACGACAAGGUGCGAGACGACACCCAGCACGCCCCAUCCCCCGUCCCCACUUUAGAGAUGGCCAAGACCGAGCACAGGAAAAGCUGCGAUUACUGCCAGCACACGUCGCACGACCACGCCCGGCACAUUUCCACUUGGUUCCACGACUAUGCCCACCCACCACCCCACCUCUCGGGCCCGGGUCCGGAGAAACGGGCCGAGAUCGAGCGGCUGACGGCCCAAAUCGACGUGCUCGAAGCCGCGACCCUCCCCGACGCCGAGGACAUUCGCGCCCUACGCCUACGCCCCAAGUUGCGCGUGUGGGCGCGCCUCUCGUCGCCAUCCGAAUCAGGAUGGCUGUGGCGCAUGUUCGAGCGCGACAGGCGGAUGUAG